GUUUUACCGGGUUUAAGAUUUGCACCCGAAUUUGUAAUAAGGCGUGCUUCGCAUGUUUUUCACGUUUUUGCUUGUUUUCUCUGCUAACGGUUUUUCUUGUUUAUAUACUAAAGCUGCAUGCCUAUUCCUGGUCGGCUUAUCCUGUGUUCGGCCUUAGUUGCUACAUUAUUUUACGUUUUCCACCGGAAACGGCGCAGGUUACUGAACAUCGCCGUUUUUGAAGAAAUUGAGUUUUCUCGUGAUUCCUCUGGCAAUAUUGUAACGCAGUGUCAUUUCGUCACACCGAUCAGCUAUUGUCAACAGUUUGAUCAGUACGUUGAGUUUCAGAUUACUGUUUUCAUCUCAUUGCCGAAGAUAACCUAUUGUACGGAUAUCUGCGUGCCCCCCUUUGUAACGAACAGUUUACACAUUUUUCAGCCACCCGUCAGGCCGCACAUAAACCGCGAAAGCGAGGCAAUGGUGGUCAACCUUGACAGCAACGUCGUUUUCGCUUCACCUGACGUCACUGCGCCUGUUACUGUCGACGUGGGCGGUCGGGCUUCGCUCAGCUCUGGCUCUGAUCAUGCCCUUACUCCAGAAUCCCAGACUUCUAUCGAAACCCCUUACAUAAAUUACCGGAUUAAACUUCCGCCUGGAUGUUUUAAUGAUCCUGCGAAUGAUAUUUGCGAGGGUAUACCUGAAGAGUUAAAUGGGGCUCUUCUUCCCAAAGUGCUUAUUCCCAGCGAUAUGUGGGCCACUGCCGUCGACCAGGAUAUUUGGCACGAAACAUUUGUCGUCCCUGCUUACAUGGGCGGUGUGUUCAUUGGACGCCUUGGGAAAAACGUUCGUGAGCUCAAAAAUGUUUGGCAAGCAGAAUUCUGCCUGAAUACGUAUCCCGGCCGUCAAGACGCCCUUAUUUUGCAGCUGUCGUGUCCUUUGAAACAUAAAAACGAGGUUUUGCAUUGGGUAUCUCGUCGAAUCCGUAUGCGUCCCUCCAGAACCCCCAUUGGCAACCCGAACCGACUCAGGCGCUUCUUGCCGCUCGGUGAACCUGUUCCCGUUCACGUGCGGAGUUUGUACGCAUCAAAAGAGUUAUUUGUAACCAUCCGUGACGAUGAAUAUUCAAGAUACUUGCACAUGCAAUCCGAGAUGGACCAGGAUUACUUUUCCGUUAAUAAUUUCCGGAUGCAGCUGUGCGAGCCUGUCACGUCCGGCACAGUUGCAGUGGUACCCCACAGUCAAGGUUUUGCAAGAGCCAUUAUCAUCAGUGUCUACCCUACCUGGCCGAAAAGUGUCCUCUACUUUCUACUAGACCACGGCACUUUUGGAAUUGUAGCUCUGACCAAGUUAAAAAAGAUCAGGGCCAAGUACAUGCGGACCCCUUUUCAGGCUAUUCAUGUCAGUUGGGCCCAUGCGUUCCCAAUUUUCUCCGACGUCCCUGACAUUCACGUUUUGCGCACCUUCUUUACCGGUGGGCGCGUUCAUGCAUUUGCAGUUCGUAUGGAGACUUGCUGCAGGGCGUCCGUUGCCUUUGGUGAACCCUACCCUCCACCUUACUCUGCCAGCGGGAUGUCAGACUAUUUGGUUACCGCCUGUAACAGCGGUCUGUACAUGGCUGCACCAUUGGCACUUUACCAUUCUCGGCAAUCUUGGUUAAACGGCACCGGAAUCUCAUACUAUCCAUUCUCCUAUAGUGCGAUCGAUUAUCCUGCUCUUGUCAGUUUUGUGCAUGAGGAACGACCGUUUGUACCACCACAGCCACCUUACGUUGGUUGUCCAUCUGGAUACUGGUCUCAAGAUUCCGGUGGUCACAUUUCGAACGAUACUCUCAAUUGCCCAUCAUCACAGCCCUACAGAACCAACAUCUAUCGAGGAGGUGGUAUACGCCACCGUGAUAUGUUCCACUUACGACCACCUUGUCGUGCUGGAAUUUCUACUCAUUCAUCGUCUUCUCAAAAAGAAAAUGAGUAUUCUGUUUCCCCAGUCCAAGACACUCCGACUAAACUUGUUACAAAUCACACAACCACUAAUGAAUCAAAUACCAGCACAGAGCCCAAACGAAUACCCCUGGGGAUGAGAAAUUCUCGGGGUGGUAACUCGGCCAAUUUCAGGCGUCCGUGCAACCGGGGCCGCGGCAAAUCCAAUAAUCCACGAGUGACUGAUUAACUUCCAUCUUGCUCCCUGUGUCCUUCGUGUACAGUUUCCCAUGUUUUCAACUCUCCUGGCUUUCGGUACACGUACUGGUGUUCAUGCAUACGUGUGAUUGCAUUCGAUUUUACCUCAUUCUACCUUUAUACUUGUGCCUUGGUUCCGAACAUUGACGUCGGUGGGUCUUCACUUGCUCUGCUGUGGUAAUUUUGUCCCCCUCCUUUAUCUCUUAUUUCAUCUAGUGUUGAUGCACAUAUGAUAACGUAUUUCACAACCAUGGACUAGCUAGUCUAUCGCUUUACUUUUAAGCUUAUUAUUAUCAGCGCUACCAAUAACGUAUUAUUCUGUAUGAUUUCCAGGGGACAGUCAUGUUCCCUGUUUGUUGAAUACAUCCAAUGCAUUGUGUGCUUUACUGCCUCAAGACACUGAUUCCGUGUCACUUUAAGAUUACCGCCAUCUCUUCUCAAGUACUGCUAGGGCCUAUUUUCGUACCUGCCUCUCCCAUACCUUUAUUCCGGUUUUCAACUCAUUAUCGGCCAGAAGAGACCUGAUUUUCGUGGCUCUUUUUAAAAGACUGUUUGAACUUGUG